UGGUGGACUGCAUUACCUCAGCGAGGAGUCUCCAGAUUUCCUCAGCAUUCAAGAGACCAAAUGCGCCUCAGACAAAAUUCCAUCUGAAGCACACAUCGAGGGCUAUGAACUUCACUGGUCCUCGGCCGAGAAAAAUGGUUAUGCCGGGACGGCUUUAUAUUCAAAAACAAAACCUUUAAAGAUAACUCGAGGGCUGGGUAAAACCACGCAAAAUUCAGAAGGUCGCGUAAUCACCGCAGAGUUUCCGGAUUUUUAUUUAGUCUCUGUGUACGUUCCUAAUUCUGGUCAAGGUUUAGUGCGCCUACCUUACCGGCAGCACCAAUGGGACCCAGAAUUCCGUCAGCAUUUGAAAGAACUGGACAAGGUCAAGCCCAUUAUCGUAACAGGUGACCUGAAUGUGGCUCAUGAAGAAAUAGAUUUGGCCAAUCCAUCCACAAACCACAGAUCUGCUGGAUUCACUGAUGAAGAACGUGAAAACUUCACUAAGCUACUAAAGGAAGUUGAUUUGGUGGACACAUAUCGUGCUCUCUAUCCUGACAGGGAGAAGGCUUAUACAUUCUGGAGUUACCGAAAAAUGGCCAGACCAUCGAAUACAGGCUGGCGGCUGGACUAUUUUCUAGUCUCUCGGAGAAUCAUGCCCAACGUGUGUGACCACGAAAUACGCUGUGGCGUUCAGGGUAGCGACCAUUGUCCCAUCGUACUGUACUUAAACUUCUAA